CUAGCUAAGGAUGAGCAUUAUGAUAAGCUUAAGGAGUGUUUAGGCGCUUUCUCUAUGAAGUUUGGGCUGCCUUGUAAGCAUACACUUCACCGUCAACUUAACGAGCCCAGGGGACUUGUUAUUGAUCUAAAAGACGUUCACCAACACUGGUGGUAUCACCCGCCGCGCGCACGCGGUGAGGAGGUGCAAGACGAACGAUAUAUACUUAAUCCUGAAAAGAUAAGGCCUAAAGGACGCCCACAGGGUUCCACAACAGUCACCUUGCCUUCGACACAAGCCUCUCAAAGCCUCCGCGGACGCCAAGCUCAACGUCAACCCCGAGAAAAGACGAGGAACGAACACGUACAAGCUACCCAGCAAACCCAGCAAGCUAAGGAAGCUUCUGACGACGAUAUAGAGCCUCGCCGAGGCAACCGACGUCGUCAGCCAACCCAGAAGGUCCUGGAGAACCUGCAGGACCCAGUUGAGAUAUCCUCUGCCGAAGAAAGCAGUUCUGACGAUGAGGUAGUCGUCCAGGAGGUUUCAGUUACCCGUACAGCCAAGAGGGUCGUCAGGAAGGUUACCAAGAAGCUAACAGCUGAUGAUCGUAUCCUUGGUGUACUUGAAAAGGUUCUAGCAAGCCAGGCGGAGCUUUCCAAG